AUGAGACGGUGCUCGGUGUCAUGGAUCCGUCACCGAGACCUCCACAUCCUAACCGUGGGCGGCUACACGUAUACUUCAGAUCAGCGUUUCCAGGCGACGCAUUCGGCGCAAACGGACGACUGGACGCUGCAUAUCAAGUGGGCCCAGCAGCGGGACGCCGGGGUCUACGAGUGUCAAGUCUCCACGCAGCCCGUGCGCUCAUUCUUCGUCACGCUGCAUGUUGUAGUUCCAGCUUAUAAUGAUGAGGUUUCGAGAUCAGGAUAUACUGAAGGUAAAGAAGAAAAUCUACACAGUUAG